AUGACUAUCAGUCUCAUCAAUAGUAUAUCUGACGAUAGUGUUCAACAGAAUGACGCUUCAUUACAUAUCUUAUCGGAAUUACGUUUAUCACCAACUGUUUCUUUUUGGACUGCUGAUGUUCCAAAUAUCCUUAGUUAUCUUCGUUUGGGUCAUGUUUGGCCUCAAACACCAUUGAAUUGCUAUGUUUGGUGGUUUGUGGGUACAGCUAAUUAUAAUACGAUUGGUAUGCUUAUGGCAUGGGCAUCAAUUGAGAGACAUAUUCUUGUAUUUCAUCAUCAAUGGUUGAACACUCAGAAAAAACGUAUUUAUAUUCAUUAUAUGCCAUUGGCAAUAAUCGUUCUGUAUGCUAUUAUUUUCUUUACGAUCUGUAUUUUUUUCAUACCUUGUGAUAAUAUAUUCGUUUAUACUCAACCUUGGUGUUUAGCUCCAUGUUUUACCACAAAUAAUGCUGUAUUGUUGUUUGAUACUUUAGUGAAUGGUGUCUUUCCAUGUUUUGCCAUCACUAUUCUCAAUAUUUUAUUACUUAUUCGUGUUAUCAAACAAAAGCAACGUCUUCGUCAACAAGUUGAAUGGCAUAAAUAUCAAAGAAUGAUUAUUCAAUUAGCAUCCUGUUCAGCAUUCUUUCUUUUAUUUAAUCUGCCUUUCAAAUGUCUGUCUCUGGCUUAUAUAUUUGGCGUACCAUACGGUUCGAUGGGCAAAGUUGAAUUGUUAACAUAUUUUUUUAGUAAUUUUAUUAGUGUUGGAAUGCCUUUCAUCUGUCUUGGAUCAUCACCAGAGAUCUGGAGAAAACUCAAAGAAAUAAUGAAAGUACAAUAUUUCGUAACUAGAAUUACACCACAAAUAUCAUAA